CUCAGACUGUGUGUGGUACGGAGCGCGCGGAGGAACUGGCGUUUACCCGACAGCAGCAGCGGCAGCAGCUCGUGCUCAGUUCAGUUCGACAACGGGUCCGACAUUUUUUACGUUUUUUCCUCGAAAAAAAUCAUCUUCGGACACAGCGGAGGAUUGGUUUUAUGGUUUUACGGCUACGGGAUCUAAUAUAAGCUUUGUUUGAAGUUGUCUGCGGUCAGUAGGGGUUUCCAGUGUACGGAGAGGCGUACGGAGAGACGCGGUGAUCCGAAGGAGCACCGGGGUUUUUAAAGGACUGAAGGGGCAGAAGAAGAACAACAACAAGAGGAAAAAAGACACGACUGGAGGAAAAAACACACGGAGACGGACAUUUUCACUCCUCUGCGGUGGAGACUACAAGUCCGGGAUAUUAAACGCUGUGUGUGGAUACUAAUUUUUUACCUGUGCGGAAGAGAGAGAGGAGGAAUCAGUGGAGACAAAGGUCCAAAAGGAAAGGCCGUUGGGGUGAUCCGUCCACCGGUCCGGGGUGAUCCAUCCACCGGUCCAGGGCUCUGAGUGUGGCCUCGUAGCCCACAACAGUGCUUUGUCCGCCGCCAUCCUGUGUGUACAGGGGGAGGGGGCGGCGGGGAUUUACCGCACCUUCUCUGGGAUUACAACUACUGGGGAAACGCAUUGAAGUCCCCUUGUGUUGAGAAGUCAUCAUGUAUCCACAAGGCCGGCAUCCGGCUCCUCACCAGCCAGGGCAGCCUGGUUUCAAGUUCACUGUGGCAGAGUCCUGCGACAGGAUCAAAGAUGAGUUUCAGUUCCUGCAGGCCCAGUACCACAGUCUGAAAGUGGAGUACGAUAAGCUGGCCAAUGAGAAGACAGAGAUGCAGCGCCACUACGUCAUGUACUAUGAGAUGUCCUAUGGGCUCAACAUCGAGAUGCACAAACAGACUGAGAUAGCCAAACGCCUCAAUGCAAUUCUUGCUCAGAUCAUGCCAUUCUUGUCUCAAGAGCAUCAACAGCAGGUGGCCCAGGCUGUUGAACGGGCAAAGCAGGUGACAAUGACUGAGCUGAAUGCUAUCAUCGGGGUACGUGGACUUCCCAAUCUGCCUCUCACUCAGCAGCAGCUCCAGGCCCAGCACCUGUCCCACGCGGCCCAUGGCCCCCCUGUCCAGCUGCCUCCACACCCCUCAGGUCUGCAGCCGCCUGGCAUCCCCCCAGUGACUGGUGCAGGCUCCGGCCUGCUGGCUCUGGGCGCUCUUGGCAGCCAGGCCCACCUGCCUGUAAAGGAUGAGAAGAACCACCAUGACCUGGAGCACAGAGGCCCCUCAUCUUUUCACUCGCCUCUGGCUCUUCCUCUGAAAGAACGCGAGUCCAGCACGAAUAACUCUGUGUCGCCGUCAGACAGCCUGCGAGCAGCAAGCGAGAAGCAUCGCGGGUCUUCAGAUUAUGGCCUCGACUCCAAGAAACGCAAAGUGGAUGACAAAGACAGCAUGAGCAGAUAUGACAGUGAUGGAGACAAAAGUGACGAUCUGGUGGUGGAUGUUUCCAAUGAAGAUCCGGCCACCCCCCGGGUCAGCCCCGCUCACUCUCCUCCAGAAAAUGGCCUGGAUAAAUCCCGGGUCCUGAAGAAGGAUGUCGCCCCCAACAGCCCGGCCUCGGUGGCCUCGUCAGGCAGCACGCCGUCCUCCAAAGCCAAGGACCACGCCCAUAAUGACAAGUCAUCCACACCAAGCCUGAAAUCCAACACACCCACACCCAGAAACGAGGCUCCCACACCAGGAACCAGCACCACUCCAGGACUGCGGCCGCUGACGAUGGGCAAACCACCUGGCAUGGAGGCAUUAGCUGCUCCUGCCCUACGUACACCUCUGUCGAUCGCUGGGUCCUACGCCACCCCGUUCGCCAUGAUGGGUCACCAUGAGAUGAAUGGCUCCCUGACCAGCCCCGGCGUUUAUCCAGGUCUCAUUUCACCUCAGAUGAGUGCUGCGGCCGCGGCUGCAUACGGACGCCCAUCAAUCGCAGGGUUUGACCCUCAUCCACAUAUGAGAGCUCCAGGUCUGCCCGCCAGCCUUACCUCCAUUUCAGGAGGAAAGCCGGCUUAUUCUUUUCAUGUGAGCGCAGAUGGUCAGAUGCAGCCCGUGCCCUUCCCUCCGGACGCUCUGAUCGGCCCGGGUAUCCCACGCCACGCUCGCCAGAUCAACACACUGAGCCAUGGGGAAGUGGUGUGUGCCGUCACCAUCAGCAACCCCACACGUCACGUCUACACCGGUGGCAAGGGCUGUGUCAAGAUCUGGGACAUCAGCCAACCCGGCAGCAAGAGCCCCGUGUCCCAACUCGACUGCCUGAACAGGGACAAUUACAUCCGCUCCUGUAAGCUGCUGCCUGACGGCCGCACCCUCAUAGUGGGUGGCGAGGCCUCCACUCUGACCAUCUGGGAUCUGGCCUCGCAGACGCCACGCAUCAAGGCGGAGCUCACUUCCUCUGCUCCGGCCUGCUACGCUCUGGCCAUCAGCCCUGACGCCAAGGUCUGCUUUUCCUGCUGUUCGGAUGGAAACAUCGCUGUGUGGGACCUCCACAAUCAGACCCUUGUCAGGCAGUUCCAGGGCCACACAGAUGGAGCCAGCUGCAUUGACAUCUCCCACGAUGGGACCAAACUAUGGACCGGAGGACUCGACAACACUGUCCGCUCCUGGGAUCUGAGAGAGGGGCGGCAACUCCAGCAACACGACUUUACCUCACAGAUCUUCUCAUUGGGUUACUGCCCCACUGGGGAAUGGUUGGCUGUGGGCAUGGAGAGCAGCAAUGUGGAAGUUCUACACCACACCAAGCCUGACAAGUACCAGCUCCACCUGCAUGAAAGCUGCGUUCUGUCACUGAAGUUCGCCUACUGUGGUAAAUGGUUUGUGAGCACAGGGAAGGACAAUCUGUUGAAUGCAUGGAGGACUCCUUAUGGUGCAAGUAUUUUCCAGUCCAAGGAAUCUUCGUCUGUCCUGAGCUGUGACAUUUCAGCAGAUGACAAAUACAUAGUGACAGGAUCUGGAGACAAGAAGGCCACAGUGUACGAGGUCAUCUACUAGAGAACAGCAGGCUUCAUCUGCUUCAUCUGCUUCAGUGUUUGGACUGAGGCCACGCCCCCGUCUGAAGCAGGAGGAGCUGGGACACAACAGACACUGCAAAUGGAAACAAGUGGAGCCUUUGGUUCAAGGGGCUUUUCUGUGGAGGUUUUUAUGUUUGGGUUGUACAUUUUUUGUGAUUUCAAAUUUUAGAUUUUUUUUUUUUUUUUUUUUUUUGGACAAUAUGUAGGUGUCACCCUAUGAAGCAGCGCUUCAUUUCUAAGAACCUCGUUCCCUGGACAUCUUGUGAAAAGUGUACAUAUCGGAUUAAAUAAAAGACAUUUUAUAUAUAUUAUAUAUAUUAUAAAAAAUAUAUAUAUAUUUUCAUGUCCUGGGUGUACUUGUGAUGAUUUUUUUGCCCCCUCUCUCUCUCCCAGUCUGAAGUGAGAGAACAUAAGGCGAGGACUUUUUAACAGCUGAUUUUUAAAGCACAAUCUCCAGGCUGACCUUUUCAGAAAUCAAAUUCUAGGAGCACGAAAACUCGCAAGUAGGACAUUUUGUGUUGAUUUUUAAAAUGGCCUUUUUGUCACUGUGCUCUUACCCGAUGAUGAACACGUGCUCUGGUCAGACCAGGAUCAGGAUGGACCACUGCAGAAAAACAGAUGGAUGUAAAUGUAAUUGUUCUAAAUAUCUAUAAAACCCUUUUUAAAGUGGACUAAAUGUACUGCUCCGUGUGUGUGCUCUGUCUCCCUGUUUGUUUGACCUUGUUAGAUUAUGGGAGAUAAGGAACGUUUCAUGUUUAGCUUCACCUUGGACCUCCAUCAGCAGCAGGCACAAACUGGACAGCUGUGUGCUUUUUGCUAACUUUGACGUAAUCUGGAUCUUGAAUUGCACCAUUGAUUUGUUGGCUACAGACUAAACUCAAACAGUCCGAUGUGGGCUACUGAAUCCUGAUGCCCUUUGUAUCUUAUCACUGUUCCUGGAAUAUGUUUGGCCGCGUAGAGAAGGCACACAGAGACUUCUGACAGCUCAGUUACCCCAAAUGUUCAGCAAGGCCAGAGGAACAGCAUGUCCGUCGAAACACAAAAACACAACUGAACACAUGGAAUGUGUCCCAUUCUGACUUUAAUUCAUGCUAGGUGAAUAAUUCUGGUGUCUUCACUGUGCUGCUGAGCCCGUCAGCAUUUCCACCUGAAAAACAAAAGGACAAAAGCACUUGUCCCUCCUAAACCACACCAAAGUCGAAACGCUGUCAGCACUGAAAACAAAUGUACAGUUGUUAAUAAAACCAAUAAAACUGUCUUUUUGUAAAACCGUC